AAAAGAAGAACUGCAAAUAGGCAAUUUGUUUAAUGCUGCAUGCUUUCUACGCGCAAACUGCAACUGCUGCGUGUGUUAUUCGCGCCGCGGCAGAUUGUCCAGUAAUUGCGGGGCAAACGCUUGUGUAGCUACCUUAAAGGGAGAGAGAGGAAAAAAAGAAUUCGUCAGUUUACACACGGGAGCGUUUCGCGGUUCUUCUGCCCACUCUUGGCCGCGAGUAAAUUCUUCGCUUUUUUAACCACACCUGUCAUCAAUUACAUAAAUAUAGCGUCGAAGCAUGUCUUAAAAAAGAGUCGGUCACACACUUUUUUUUUUGCUAUCGAACGACGACUGAUACAUCGUAGAAAACCAGAAUUACACACGUAGGCAUGUUAAACAUGUUUUCUUGUUCAGUGGUAGCCCUAAUCAAGUGUGAUAUUGAAUUAUCUUCUCUCGACGUUAUAAAGUUAAUAUAGCAACGUACGCGGCAAUGGCGAGCCGCUAAUUUAAUAUAACAGUAACAUAUAUUAUCUGGAAAGCAGCUGCAGAACGCAGUUGUAUAGAUGCACUUUUUUCACAAGAGAAGUUCAAGAUAAUAAUUAAGCAUCAUGUCUACACCGGAGCAAUUGGCCAUUGUCCAAUCCAAAUUUACCACUGGUGAAACAGUUGUCAUUGCAAUGGAGGCAAAGUUAUGUCAAGGUUGGCUGAAGAGCACCCGUUUGAUUGCUGUGGUCAAUAAAGGUUCAACAAGUGCUUUAGUUGUUUUAAUAACAUCAAGAAAUCCUCCUCAAGUUUAUAGUGAUCUUACUAUAGAGAAAAUUCUACCAAUUGACCAAGAUUUUCAGUGUAAUAUAGGAACUGAUGAAGAACAACAAGAUGUGACCGAUGUGUUUUUGAAUGUCACAUGUCGCAAAACAAGGACAAUUUUUGAAAUGAGGCCUGGUAUAGCAGCCACAAACCUCGUUUCAGCAAUUUUCCAAGCAAUUGAUGUCUAUCAAAAAAACAAAAAUCCAACGACAGAUUUUUUGUGGAUUCAAAAGUUGACUGGAAGUGUGAGAAGUUUAGAUAUAAGUGGGGAUCAGGAGGAAACAAUCUCAGAUCCAAUUGUUGAUCUUGAGAGUCAAGAUAUCAAUAUAUCUAGGCGUAAUAUUGCUACAGGAAAAACUCCAAUUGCUCCAAGAGAAUCAGUGGUUCGUUAUCAAAUGGCAUGCAAAGAAGAUGAUUACACAUAUACUAAAACUUUCAGAUUGUUUAUUGGAACUUGGAAUGUAAAUGGACAACCACCAAUUGGAAUAACAUUACAAAAAUGGUUAAGCUGUGACGAAGAACCCCCAGAUAUAUAUGCUAUUGGUUUUCAAGAGUUGGAUUUGAGUAAAGAAGCAUUUUUAUUCAAUGACACCCCUAGAGAAGAAGAAUGGAGGCACAUAGUAUCAAGAAGUCUUCAUCCAGAUGCUAAUUAUGAGCAAAUUGCUCUUGUCAGAUUAGUUGGAAUGAUGUUAAUAGUAUUUACUCAAACUGCGCACUUGCCACAUAUAAAAAAUGUUUGUGUAGAUACUGUAGGAACCGGUAUAAUGGGAAAAAUGGGUAACAAAGGUGGAGUUGCAGUGAGUUGCACAAUUCAUAAUACAUCAGUUUGUUUCAUAAAUGCACACUUGGCUGCACAUAGUGAAGAAUAUGAAAGGAGAAAUCAAGAUUUUGCUGAUAUCUGUGCUAGACUUCAUUUUAGUACAUAUGCUCCUUCUAAAGGAUUCAAGGAUCACGAUCAAAUAUAUUGGCUAGGUGACUUGAAUUAUAGAAUAACAGAAAUGGAUGCAUUCCGUGCAAAACAAUUUCUGGCUGGAGGAAAUUUACUUCCAGUAUUAAAACUUGACCAAUUAGAGCAACAACGAAAGCUUGGAAAAGUUUUCCAAGGUUUUCAUGAAGCAGAUAUAACAUUUAAGCCAACAUAUAAAUAUGAUCCUGGUACUGAUAAUUGGGAUUCAAGUGAAAAGGGAAGAGCCCCAGCAUGGUGUGACAGAGUAUUAUGGAAAGGAGAGGCUAUAAAUUCAAUUGCUUAUAGAAGUCAUCCGGAACUCAAAAUUUCGGAUCACAAACCCGUUAGCUCGAUUUUUGAUUCACAGGUCAGAGUAAUUGACGUAGCGAAGUAUCGUAAGAUUCACGAAGACUUGAUGAAAAAAUUAGACAAAUUAGAAAAUGAAUUUUUGCCCCAAGUGACGGUAGACACAACGGAAGUAAUAUUUGAAACUUUGAGGUUCGAUGAACCGUGCUCAAAAGAGCUCAUUGUUGCAAAUACUGGUCAGGUGCCAGUGGAGUUUGAAUUUAUAAAAAAGUUAGAUGACGCGUCUUAUUGCAAAGACUGGCUCAGCAUUACUCCUUACACGGAUUUCAUUGAACCGGGCCAAAAAUGUGAUAUUAAACUCGAAGUUCGCGUUGACAAGCGAUCCGCUUGGAAACUCAAUUCCGGAGCAGAUCAACUGUACGACAUUUUAGUAUUGCACUUGGUCAAUGGAAAGGAUAUAUUCAUCACAGUAACAGGUACUUACGAACGUAGCUGCUUCGGUUGUUCAAUGGAAGCUCUGAUACACAUACCUGUUCCGAUAAGAGAGGUACCGGCUGGCCGAAUAACGGAAUUGGAGAACAGUAAAAACCUCUCGCAAGAUCCAUACUCCGUUCCUAAAGAAAUAUGGCUAUUAGUGGAUCGAUUGUACAGGCAUGGAAUCAAGACUCCUGGACUUUUCGAAACACAAGGUUUACACAGCGAAGUACUGGCUAUCAGGGAUUGGCUCGACGUAGGGAGUCAAGACGCAAUGCCUGGCAGUGUGCACUCGGUCGCCGAAGCUUUGCUUUUGCUUCUUGAUUCAACGCCGGAACCUUUAAUUCCAUAUAACUUACAUAGUCAAUGCCUGUCAGCUACGGCGAGCUAUUUGCAAUGCAAACAAAUCGUCAUGCAGCUGCCGGAGAUUCGAAGAACAGUAUUUUUGUACAUAUGCGCUUUCCUUCAAGAGCUGUUGAAUCAUACUCAGGAUAAUGGUUUGGACGCCAAAACACUCGCUUCUCUAUUUGGAUCGUUUUUCCUGCGUGAUUUACCAAGAGCUCGAGAUGACCGAAUCCAUCGAAGUAGAACUAUUCAACCUACAUUCGAUAGAAAGAAGGCAGCUUUUGUUUAUCACUUUUUGAUAAACGAUCAAAGCGAUUUUAUUGGACGAUAAAAAAAAUAAAUACAAAAAAGACAUAGAAAGAAAGUAAUGACAUAUUCCACGAAAAAAUUCACAUUGUUUUUGUGAUUAUUCAAGCACUGAAUCUCACAAACCAUGUUGAAGAUCUCACUAGCCUAAAUGCAUCUAUGGUACCGCCCGUAUACAAUUGCUUUUGCAUAUAGUCACUUUAAAUAGAUUUAACCGUCUUACUUUUUUUCUUCACAUGUACAUGCCAUUAUAGACUUGGAAGAUAAUUUUAAUAACUGAUAAAUUAAUUUUGUUCUGAAUAAACUCGCGAAUGCUUGGAGAUUUUAUUUUUAUUAGCAUCCACGAGACAAGUAUUUUUAUAGUUUUUAUAUAUAUUUGACAAAAGAUGGAUAUAUAAUGCUGUCACGUGUGUAUUUUGGUAGUCAAAAGAACAUAUUAGAGAUUUAUUGCGCCACUAAUUCUAAGAAAUUAUUUUAUAAAGCAUGUAUGGAUUAUGAAGUCACUGGUAAUUCUUUGAAUGAGAUUCUAAGCUAGUUUAAACAAUUCAGAUGAUAGUCUACGUCUGAUGUGUUAAAUGAAUUAGUUAUGAAAUUGUCAUCUUUCCCGUUAAUAUGUAAUUGCAAAUAUCAGAAAUUUUUUAAGUAGCCUAAAUUCAUCAUGGUAUAAAAUUUGUUAAUGAAUUAUAAUAAAAUUAAUUUUAUAAAUUCAGUUUGUAUUUUAUUUUAUUGUGUAAAAAUAGACGAACAUUAUUCAAAUAGUUACACUGUUUAUUGUUAUAAUAAUGUUUGUGAUAAUAACAAUAUUCAAUAAAGAAUUUGGCACGGGUAUUCCGUUUGUUAUACAGAGUAUACUGACCAAAAGAUAUAAAUAAAAAAUUUAGUAGGCUUGCAAAAAAAAACUGAUAGAUGGAUAAUCUAUGCAACCACUAACUAUAAAAAUA